UCGGGAUCUUCUUUUGAACGAGAAAAGGGUAAGCCAGCCAUUGAUUCGUCUUCGUAGCCAUGGCUUCUUCCUCUACGGAGACCAGAAUCGCCGAUGACGACCACCACCUAACGCUUGAGCUUACCGUCCGAGAUCUUGAUUCUCACGAUUUGGAAAAAUCCGCCUCCGCCUCUGCGUUAGCUUCCGACGAAAUCAUCCCUCUCCUGAAUCAUCAGAACCAAAGACCCAGGUUCAACAUCUUCUCCGCCUCCUACACUCGACGCAAUAAACCCAGGGAGCAAGUGUUUAAAGUAAAUGAAACGGAGUUAUCACCUGUAACUCGGUGUUCUUCAUGGGUUUGGAGUGGGUCUCGUUACUCUGGCUUACUGUGUAUGGCCUUGUCUUCGAUACUGUACCUCGUUAUGGAGUUAGUCUCAGAUACUUUUUCUGUUCAGCCGAUUCCUUUGUUUGAAACCGCGUUCUUGAGAUCCACAAUCAUCUUGAUACUAUCGUACCUUUGGUUGGAAAGAAUCGGACAACCGAUUUUCGGACCUGCUCACGCCAGGAAGCUUUUGCUUUCAAGAGCUCUUUUGGGUUAUCUUUCAUUGUUUAGUUUCAUCUUUAGCAUACAAAUGUUGCCCUUGUCCCAAGCUAUUGUACUAAGCUUUGUGAAUCCAGUUAUGGCUUCCAUUGCAGCACGUGUGAUUCUUCAUGAGAAGUUGAAAAUAACUGAUAUUGGAGGUCUUGCUUGCAGUUUCUUUGGUGUGGUUUUUAUUUUCGGCCCAACGCUUACUGUCCAAGUUGGAUCAGAAGGAAGGUAUGAUAAUCUUAAAGGAAACCAUCAUGUUUAUGCCGUCUUGUUGGGUUUCUUUUCAUCAAUCACUGGAGGAUCCAGCUAUUGUCUUAUAAAGGCAGCUGCUAAAGCAUCGGAACAGCCAGUGAUUACUGUCCUCUCGUUUGGUUUAGUAGCUUGCCCCGCUGCAGCAAUUUGCAUGUAUUCUUUGGAGAGCUUUGUGCUGCCAACGUUUGAGACGCUCUUUAGCAUGAUUGUACUAGGCUUGCUUGCGUUUUGCGCAGAGGUACUUUUGGCUCGGGGACUUCAGCUUGAGAAAAUCGGCAAAGCUGCAAACGUAUUGUACAUCGAGGUGGUGUUAUCGCAGUUUUGGAUAAUUGGUACCCGAAAAGCAGUCUCGACAGGUUUGUUUAGCCGCCUUGUUGGGUGUUUGCUCAUUAUCAUUUCCGUGAGCUACACAAUUUACUUGGGACCUGCUAAAGAUACUGAGUAACCAAAUAGUGUAGCAUUGUCCCAUUUUUUAUAUUUAUUGGAUUUUAGAUUAUUUUUUAAGCUACGCUUCUUGUUUGGUGCAAUGCAAAAAUCCACACCUCUCUAACUUCUUUUUUACUUUUGCGGUAUCAAAUUUCAUUUGUUUUUUCUUUACCAGCCUUGGAAAUAUGACGACACUUCGUAUGUUUGAUUAGUUUUGGACAAAAUGUAAUAUGGUUUAUGUUCCUGAUAUGAUUAGUCAACAACAUAACAAUUAAUUAGGC